AUGUACAGGAAUAGGAAUUCGUCUCCUCUAAGAUUUUCAUCAGGCACCACAAUUCAUUAUUGGAGCUAUCAUGUUCUGCAGACUGAUGUGCAUACUAUUUUUACUUCAUCUUUUGAGAGAAGUGAAGAAGAGGUGAACACAUGGAGGGAAAACAUUAGAGAGAAAUUGUGUUAUUUUGAAGAAGAGCUAGUGAAAGGAAAGGUAGUUCUGGAGCAUAUUAUCUUCCUGUUUUGUAUUCUGAUUUCUUUCUGGUGUCUUGAUUUUGAGGAGAAAAUUUUGACCAUUAACUCUACUCUGAAACAGCAGCUGGCCCAAUAG